AUGGCUGGGAACAAGAAACGUGUGUUGUCCUCAGCAGCUCAUUAUGGCUUUUACCUACUGAUUUCGGCGUUAAUGUGUGGCAUCACGCAGCAAUAUUCAAUGGGAAUAAUGACGUCAUGGGUAGAGGGACAUACUAUUACAGGAAACGACAUCCGCACAGUUCAGGUCAGGACGAAGCAUGAGUGUGCUUUGCAUUGCGUGUCGGAUGCCUCUUGUGCAGCGGCGGCCGUUUACUGCAAGUUGCCCGUUGGGAGUGAAACUUUUAAUUGUGAACUUAAGUUUGGGAGUAAUUUGUUGACCUAUACUAUUGUAAACAACUCCGACAUGUGUUAUUCCAUAGUACAAUCUCGGGGCGAGUACAUCAAUGGUGUCAGUGUUAACGAUAUAUCAACGACAAGUCCAGCUGUGACCACCACAACAACUAUACCGACAACUACAGUGUCUGGUUCAGCUAAGGUAAGAUAUGAAUCGGGGAUAAGAGCAGGUAUAGGAAACCUGAAUAACAUGUGUUCCGGCUCAUCAUCUGUUGACAUAGCUCUGAUCACUGAUGACGGGGUGUACCUAUAUGAUGACAUGGGGUCCCUCACGACAGGCGCAUGCUCGGGACCACAGGCGAUUACAACAAUAUUCUCGGGCUAUAGUGGUGGCAAAGCGCUGCCAUCGGUAUCGGACAUCAUAUGCCUUAUGGUGCACCAGAAUAAUGAUAUUGAUAUGUUUGACAGUAAGUACACACACAUUCCAGGGUAUGGCGAUGGCAAGUACAAAGUGGUAACUUAUGGAGCCUGA